AUAUUUAUUGCGAGGUUAAGCUUAGCAUGACGAGGUCUCUUUUGCCUCACAAAUCACACAGCAAGUCAUCCAACUCUUUCUUCCGCUGGCUGCUGCUGGGGGUGCUCCUAGUCGAAUUUCUGACAGUCACGUUCUCCUAAUCUGUGAGUUUCCAAUCAUGGUUUCUGCUGUUUCUAUCAUUUUUCCCAUUCUUCUCCUUUUCUCCUUAGGAGAGGCAGUUACCAGAGGAGGAAGGGCAACCUACGUUGAGUAUCAAGUAUCAAUUCGAGAUAGUUCUUAUGGGCCGCCUAUUUGCGGUGGAGCAAUCAUCUCAAGUAGAUGGGUCAUCACCACUGCUCAGUGUGCUGAGAAAAUUUACACAAGAGAUGGUUGGAUUGUGGAUGGAACUUUGGAAGCCUCUAAACCAGGAUCCAUUAGAGAAAAAGCUGAGGUUGUUUUCCACCCUGACUAUAACAAUCCUGUUGGCUACGCUGACAUCGCUCUGAUCAGGGUUUCUAAGGACUUCUUUCUUGAUGACAAUACCAAACCAGUAACCCUGUCCAGCAUACCUAUUCUCAUAGGAGAAACUGGCAAAGUAUCUGGCUGGGGUGCUACUUACUUCGGUGGACCCAAUUCUGACGUGCUCAUGUACCUGCAUUUGCCUGUCAUUGAUCACACAAAUUGCAGCGUAAAUUUGGCUGAAGUAAAUUAUCAAGUACAUAACGACCAAUAUUGCGCUGGGGAAAUUGGAAAUGACGCUGCUACUUGCACAGUGGACGCAGGCGGUCCAAUGGUUUCAAACAACUAUGGCACCCUCAUUGGACUGGUUAGUCGUAAUUCUUGCACCUACGAUGGGCGACCAACUGUCUUCACCAACGUUGGGUACUACAGAGAUUGGAUCAACUCUGUUACGGGAGUUUGAAUAAAUACUUUUCUACUCCGGCACUUAAUGUAUACAAAAAUUAAAAUCUUAAUAAUUUUUGGCAUCUACAUAUGUAUGUGAUAGCUGUUUUCUUUAUCUGUAAUUUUGGGUGAAAAUUUGUCUUAAGAAGAAGUUAAAUGACUUAUUUCAAAAGUUGUCAAUGCGUUUAUAGUUAAUUAAACAAAAUAAAAAAAUCUUUUCUGCUC